AUGGGGGCGCUGGCGCCGCGCACGCUGCUCCUGCUGCUGGCGGCCGCCCUGGCCCCGACCCAGACCCGCGCGGGCUCGCACUCGCUGCUGUAUUUCCUCACCACUGUGUCCCGGCCCAGCCUCGGGGAACCCCGGUUUAUCGCCGUCGGCUACGUGGACGACACGGAGUUCGUGCGCUACGACAGCGACGCGAAGACUCCGAGGAUGGAGCCGCGGGCGCCGUGGGUGGAGCAGGAGGGGCCGGAGUAUUGGGAGAGGGAGACACAGAUCGCCAAGAUCACCGAGCAGAAUUACCGAGUGAACCUGAAGACCCUGCUCCGCUACUACAACCAGAGCCAGGGAGGUUCUCACACGUACCAGGAUAUGUAUGGCUGUGAGGUGGGGUCGGACGGGCGCCUCCUCCGCGGGUACCGUCAGGACGCCUACGAUGGCCGCGAUUACAUCGCCCUGAACGAGGACCUGAAGACGUGGGGGGCGGCGGACACGGCAGCACAGAUCACCCAGCGCAAGUGGGAGCGGGAUGGUGCUGCAGAGAGACUGAAGGCCUACCUGGAGGACACGUGUGUGCAGUGGCUGCGCAGAUACCUGGAGAACGGGAAGGAUGCACUGCUGCGCACAGAUCCCCCAAAGGCACACGUGACCCAUCAUCCUGGACCUAAAGGUGAUGUCACCCUGAGGUGCUGGGCCCUGGGCUUCUACCCUGCCUUUAUCGACCUGACCUGGAAAAAGGAGGAGGAGGAACAAACUCAGGACAUGGAGCUGGUGGAGACCAGACCUUCUGGGGAUGGAACCUUCCAGAAGUGGGCAUCUCUGGUGGUGCCUUCUGGAGAAGAGCACAAAUACACAUGCCGUUUGUACCAUGAGGGGCUGUCUGAGCCACUCACCCUAAGAUGGGAGCCUCCUCAGUCCACGGCCCCCACCAUUGGAGUGACUGCAGGUCUGGUUCUCCUUGGAGCUGUGGUCAUUGGAACAGUGGUGGCUGUGGUCAUUAAGAGGAGGAGAAACACAGGUGGAAAAGGAGGCAACUAUGCUCCAGCUCUAGGUAAGAGCAGGGACAGUGACCAGAGCUCUGAUGUGUCUCUCCCAGACUGUAAAGCAUGAAGACAGCUGCCUGGUGUGGAUGGAGUGACAGACGAUGUGUUCAGGUCUCUCCUGUGACAUCCAGAGCCCCUCAGUUCACUCUCAGCAAUAGUGUCUGAUGUUCCCUGUGAUCCUAUGUGCUCAAUGUGAAGAACUGGGGAGCCCAGCGCACCCUGCACACCUGUCCCUGUCCCUGCACUGCCCUGUUCCUUUCCACAGCCAACCUUCCUGUUCCUGCAGACAGGAGGGGACAUCUCCAUCCUGUCUCUUCCGUGCUGU